AUGGAAACCUGUGAAGCUUCCUCCCUAUGAAGCUUCCUCCCAUUUGUAUUGUAUUGGUAAGGUGGAGCCCACAUGUUGGAAAGCUUUGCCUAUAUACGGGUUCACCCCUUUGUUUGUAAUAUACACAUUCAACACCUAAAUGAGAAGAAAAAACUCUGAAGGGAAGUUCAGUUCCUACAUUCUUCUCUCUCUGUCUCUCAAUUCUUUCUCUCAAUUUUCCUCUCUAAAUUCUCCAGUUUUAUAACAAGAGCGAUUUUUUUUAUUUUUUAUUUUUUGGUCAAGUAAUAGAGAGCGAUAGGAUGCAGACUUAACAAUCUUUUUUGUUUUCCUCAGUUGUUUAUUUGGAGAUGCUGUGGUACUCUUUUUCCUUGACCGGAUUUUCCUUCUUUUGGGGGUUUCAUAUGGCAAGGUUUUAAUGAGACUAUUCUCUCCGUUUCGUCAAUUGAUUCUAUUGUAAGUGCUGAUGCAAAUUCAAUGAAAUUCUUCUCUUUGAUUUAAAAAAUAUAAGUGGUUAACCUACCUUGCCAAACAUGUCAUGCAGUACCAAUUAGCUCACAGCUAGCUUAAUGGUAUUUCGCUAAUAUUGUAAGAAAUCUCAAAUUCGAAUCUCAUAGAUUUUUAAAAUAUUUUUUUAAAAAGUAAGUUUAUAUGAAAGCAGGCGAAAACUUUGAAUCAUAUUAGGUACGUACAUGGCUUUCUAAUUAUACCAAGUUUCACUUUUUCAGCAUAAAACACAUUUUAAUAACUCAGCCCAAUUAAUUAGUUAUGGAUAAGAACAAAUAAAUGCAAGAGGCAUCAUAUUUCAACCCAUACCUAACUCAGUCUCAGUUAUGAAUACAAUAGUCUCUCUUCUGUCUUCAUUCAUUGGUACACAAAAUAACUAUGGCAUUGAAAGCCCCAUAUCCACUAGUAUUUUGCUUCCUUCUCUUUGCCUUCUCAGCCAAGCUACGGUCGGUUGCAGCCGAUGCUGCUCCUUCCCCAGUGCUUGACAUCACCGGCAACAAGCUCCAAACCGGAGUCGAUUAUUACAUCUUGCCGGUCAUCCGUGGGAGAGGUGGUGGGCUUACUCUGGCCAGCACUAGCAACAAGACCAGCUGCCCACUUGAUGUUGUUCAAGAACAAAAUGAGGUCUCCAAUGGUCUUCCACUGAAAUUCUCGCCUGUGAAUGUCACGAAAGGCGUUGUUCGUGUAUCAACUGAUCUUAACAUCAAGUUCUCUGCUACUACAAUCUGUGUUCAAUCUACGGUGUGGAAGUUGGGCAAAUUUGAUGAACAAACAGGACAGUGGUUUGUCACGAGCGGUGGGGUUGAGGGCAAUCCGGGUCGUCAAACUACAAGCAAUUGGUUUAAGAUUGAGAAAUUUGGUGAUGACUACAAGCUCGUUUUCUGUCCAACAGUGUGCAAUUUCUGCAAAGUUAUAUGUGGAGAUGUUGGCAUUUUUUUUCAAGACGGGAAAAGGCGUCUUGCUCUCAGUGAUGUGCCAUUCAGAGCCAUGUUCAAGAAAGUAUGAACUGAAAAAUUAAGAAUGUGCUAACAUGCAUUUUUGAAAUUAAUGUAUGAUUAUGUUUUGCUUCAAUAAAAUUUCAUUCAAGUUACUUUCAUUUUCAUGUUGAUUGUUUAAAUAAUAUUGUGA